AGGCGCUGGGUGUGAUUGUGGCUGUUUAGGUUUCUUGGCGGGGGCGCUCCCAUGGAUUAAUUCAAGCGCUGAAACAAGCGGAGUGCUGCUAUUAUUGGGUUUGUUGUCGGUUGACCCCCUCUUGCGGUUGGCUGUGAGGCGUGAUACGAGAUGGUUACAGCCCUUGCGCUUGGCUCUGUUGACGUUAUGCCGGAUUGGGGGUUAAACGGGGCUUAGCUGUUGGCGGACGGCCGGCGAUUUGGGGACCCUUCCGCCGCUCCUGCGUCUUGGUGAAGGGCAUUCGCAAGUAUUGUACGGUACUCGAGCACCGGUACCGUACGCUGCUGGCGCUCGCAGGCUUCGAGCUCGCACGUUGCUUGUCCAUGUCAAACUGGGGUCUUGCCGACUCGAGGGCACUGGCGGCGAUUGCGAUUCGUUGGAGGAUGCUUCACCACCUGCGUGUCUUGGCUUUUUCGCACUUGUGCGGUUCCGCACCCCGAAGCGGGGAAUCAGAAACUUGGGAAGAAAAAUGUCGUUGGGAAAUGGGAAGGCAAGUUGGGUUGUUCGAUACUUCUCCUGCCAUGAAACCAUGAGACUGAACUGUCGCCGCCGCCGUGAUUUCCGAUCGGGUGGCAUUCGCUUCGCCAGAUAUCAUACCAUAGGCGCAAUGCCGUACCGUAUCAUGCUCAAGUAUCAUACUUGUACUCGAGGACGUGCUAUCAUAGUACGACACAGUACUCAGUGAUCUGUGCCGAAUCUGGUCCCGGAACGCGGAUUCCACCAUAAUUGCUAGGGAAAUUCACAAGGGAUCAUCCCUCAAAGGCUCUUUUCAAAGGUCCGACUGACCGUCAGCCCCUCCACCAAAACGAUCGUUCACCCACACUUCCACACACCCACAUCUUGAUAAAUCACCCCCCACCGUCAGCUUUAAAUACCGUACAAGUACCGUACUUACUCAGCCUCCUGCCUAGCCUGGCUGCCACGCUUUCCCAGAACACAACGCAGUCUAUCUGCGCCCGCUUCCCGAGCUUCAUUUUAUUCCCAUCGGCUCCCCCCAUCCAACCCUUUUCCUACCCUAUUCUACUUGUAUCCCUUCCUUCCCCCCUCACACCCCCCCUCAAUACUAUAUAACCCUCCGAGUGCUUUUUCUCUUCCCCUUUCUCGUCUUUGCCGAUUCAGUUCACAAGUCUUUCCAUUCGUUCAUCCACCCCCGAAAGGAAAAGAAGGAAAAAAACAAACAAACACAACCAGUUCACCAUGGGGAAAGCGGGACGAUUUGCGUGUAUUCUCACGCCUAUGCUUCUUACACUUGCAUCGCUAUUUUGCGUGGUUAUUGUGAUGAUCGGAGGAACAAACAAGAGUUCCGGCCCUAUUAGCGGGCUCUACUUCUUGAGGGUGGGCUUUUUCACCAAAACCGCACUUUUUUUCAGCCGCAAACUGACGUUUUUUCCUCGGUAUAGAUUGAUACUCGUUUUAUCGAUACCCCGGAGAAUAUGGACCUGAUUCCUGGAACGGAUUGGGAUGAUCAACUCCUGAAGUCGGGCUUCAACACUACUGCCGGCGACCUUGGACUUGCGGAUUAUUACACCUCGUCUUUGUGGAAUUACUGCUCCGGGAAGGCUUUGGAUGGAGAUAAAUGGGAGAUUACCGACUGUGGAAAGCCGUCUGCUAACUAUGCUUUCGACCCUAUCCGCAUCUUGGAUGUUGAGGCCGAGGGAAAGGGUGUUGAUUUCCCUGACUCUGUCAAGAAAGUUUCCAAGGCUGUGAACGCUGCUAGCAAGGUCAUGAUAGCCAUGUAUGUUCUCGGAAUGGUUACUACGGUUGUAACUUUCGCUGUUGGAUGGUUUGGAUUGCUGUCAAGAUGGGGAUCAUGUGUUACUACUAUUUUUGCCGAUGUAUGUUUCCCCUCCCCUUUGUCCCUCACCCGUGCCCUUGCGCCACUAACCCGCGUGUGUUUCAGAUCGCGUUUUUCUUCCUCCUCACCGCAUCCAUCAUUUCCACCGCCCUCUACGUUUCCAUCCGUGAAGCCUUCAACAAAGCUCUCAAGGACUUUUCCGUCAAUGCACAGAUCAACAGGCAAAUGUUCACUAUCACAUGGCUGGCUGUUGCCUUUUCCUUCGGUGCUUGCCUCUUCUGGAUGUUUUCCACCUGUUGCUGUUCUGGAAGACGUUCUCGCAUUAUGGGUACCGACCACAAGGGCAAAGGAAAGAGCAUCUCUCCCAUUGGCGGCGCCAAAGCUGGAUAUGAGAGAAUUGCUGCCCCGUACCAGGGAGGUUCAGGACCCGGGACGAAGCCCAUGUCGGAGGUCGGGAAAAAGCAGGGUGCAGGAUUCGAGCCGUUUAGACAUGCUUGAGUUUGGGAUAUAUGCCGGGGGGAGUAAUGAGUGAACGAUGGUUGAGGAUCGCAAUGUGGUUACUCGGACUGGGUCAGGUUGGGGGCAAACUGGAUGGGAUUGAGCUGGUACGGAUUGUUUCUAAGCGGAAGUUUUAUAAAUUUUUUUUUUUUCGUGUUUUCACCUAUCUUUGUUCUCUAUUGCCGAUUUUUCUUAUAUU